AUGUGUUUGCAAACGGCUCAAAGUACCCCCCAAUAUUUAAAAAACCGUCUCACGUUACCCUUUCCGUCAGUUUUUUUGAAGUUCCGUUACGAACGUUACUGUUCAUCCCCCCCAAAAUUCCAGAACAGCAACCCAUCCCCUUUGUUACUGUUCAUCCGACCAGUUUUUGGGCUGCCAUCUCCUCCUCUGGCCACCCCAAGCGACGACGUGGGUAUCAAAAGAACCAGCAUGUUGUCCUCUACCACCCUCACAUCUCAUCCGUUACCAACCGCCGUAUGGAUCGCCGAAAAAAGUAAGAAAUUGGCCGAUUUUUACCCAAAAUCUCCAUCGCUCGUUCGGGCAAUUCCGAGCACCAUUUGCUUCGAUCCAGGUAUGGUUUUUCAACCUCUCGAGCUGUUCUUGCUGCUAGUUGUGUUGGUUAUGAGAAAUUUCUGA